AUGAAGUAUUUACCUAUUGAAAAAAUGUACCUUGCAUUAAUCUAUGCAGCUAAAAAGUUGAGACAUUAUAUGCUAUCACACACGAUCAAUCUCGUUUCGAAGAUUAAUCCAUUGAAGUACAUAAUGUCUAGGCCAAUUCUCUCUGGACGGAUUGGAAAAUGGACACUACUAUUGUCUGAGUUCGAUAUCAAAUUCAUUUCACAAAAGGUCAUUAAAGGACAAGCUUUGACAGAUUUCCUAGUGGACCACCCAAUUGCAGUGGAAUGGAAACUUCAAGAAGACCUUCCCGAUGAAGAAGUUCUAUUAAGGCUCAACGGAAUCAAGAAAUGUGAGAAGGAUUUACUGCUUACUGAAGCCAUACCAUCAUGGAGGCUAUACUUCGACGAGGCAGCCCAAAGUUAUGGUGUCGGGGUAGGAGUAGUCUUAGUCACUCCCCAUGAUCUUGUCAUGCCCAGCUCUUUUGCCUUAGCAGAGAAAUGUUCAAACAACGUGGUGGAAUAUCAAGCUCUUAUCUUUGGUUUAGAAGUAGCGUUAGAUAUGGAUAUCCACCAGCGGAAAGUCUUUGGAGAUUCUAAAUUGAUAAUCAACCAACUUUUAGCUGAGUAUGAAGUCCAAAAUUCAAACCUGGAACAAUAUCGUGAAUAUGCAUCAAUGCUUAUGAGACGACUUGAUUCAGUAAAAAUUAAAUUCGUCCCAAAAAGUGAAAAUAGGAAAGCUGAUGCCUUAGCUAAUUUGGCUGCUGUUUUAGCUAGGUCAAAUGAAGAUUUCUCACACUCUAUAUCAAUUGCUCAAAGAUGGGUGCUUCUAUCGUUGCUACCCAAUAAUUUGGAAGAAAACAAAAGGGUCGAAGUACUCAAAAAUGAGGAAAGAGAAGAUUGGAGACAACCGAUAAUCGAUUUCCUUCAACAUCAAAAGCUACUAGAUAAUCCACGGUGA